CGUCAGUCAACUUCAAGACUGAGACUCAGUCUUGCGAGAGUUUUAGCUCUGCUACGUUGAGUCUCUGGUGCCUGAUACCCACAACACUUUCCCUUGCCAUUCCUCCGCGGUAGUUACUCUUCGGCGCUGGUUUUCACGAGAGACACCUACUGAAAUAUGGUGUUGAAUACAUUGAUUACUGAUCAAAAUGUAGCUGUAUCAUAAUAUCUGUUACGUUCGAAAAAGAUUUAGCCGAUGUGUCUAAAAUGUAAUCAAACCAGAGAACUUGUUAGAAUCUAAAAACAAAACAAUCAGACAGACCGGAAGAGUGUCAUCCCAAAAUGGCACAAACUACGAGGUGUGUAGCUCUGAACCUGGCGGGAUCCAGGUUUUGUCUGCUGGGGGCGUUGACGCUGGUGGUGCUGUGUUUACCAGCGACGUUAUCGUCCGAUUUCAAGACGGAGAAACCGCCGUACAGCGAUUUUCUAAAUUACGGCAAAAAGAAGCUAAAACCAGGACCCGAACUGGAAAAUGAAAUUAUCAAAUCAAAAGUGGAGGUCCUCGGGGAGAUCCUCAAGCACCACGUGCAGCGUCUGAGACAAGUACCUGAACAAAGAAUAGAGUUGGUUUUUCUAGUCGACGCAUCUGCAUCGGUCGGUGCCGAAAACUUCUUCAACGAAAUCAAAUUCGUCAAAAAGCUCUUGGCUGAUUUUGCUGUGUCGUAUAACCAGACCAGAGUCGCUGUCGUAACAUUUUCGAGUAAGAGUAAGGUGAUCCGGCACAUUGAUCACGUUACGCAAGCUUCACAAGAAAACCACAAAUGUACACUUCUGGAGACUGAACUGCCAAAGAUCAGAUACUCUGGUGGAGGCACAUAUACCCUAGGUGCGAUGCUGGAAGCUCAGGAAAGCUCCUUGGCCUUGGCACGAGACGACGCAGCGAAGGCGAUCUUUCUGGUGACCGAUGGUUACAGCAACGGAGGCGACCCCAGGCCAGCCGCUGCUUUUCUCCAGGACAGAGGAGUCAAAAUCUUUACUUUCGGAAUUCGUAAUGGCAAUGUUAAGGAAUUAUAUGAUAUGGCGUCUGAGCCCAAAGAGGAACAUUCGUACAUACUUGAUUCAUUCGAAGAGUUUGAGGCUCUGGCAAGGAGGGCUCUGCAUGAAGAUCUCCACAGUGGCGUCUUAAUGCCCCAGGAUCCACGCGCCUGCCAGGAGCUGUGUGCUGGAGAUACGUACUGCUGUGACGCAUAUGCUUCCUGCACGUGUGGUACCCACACCGGCCACUAUGCCUGCACUUGCAGGAAGGGCUAUUACGGCACCGGGUUACGAGGCGACUGCAGGAAAUGCCCUGCUGGAACGUACCGUGACACCCAAGGCCCGGGCGACAUUUCCUCGUGCAUCCCUUGCCCGGAUGCCCAGAUGAUGAGUGAUCCGGGGUCGACGGACGCCUCCCAGUGUUACUGCAAGAGAAGCUACAAGCAGAUCGGCAACGAGUGUGUGCACAUGAAGUGCCCCGCUCUGGCACCGCCCGAGAAUGGAUAUUUCAUCCGAAACACGUGUAACAACGUCGUCAAUGCUGCAUGCGGCGUUCGUUGUAAUUCUGGAUACACACUGCAAGGGUCCUCCAUUCGCCUCUGCGGGGAGAACGGCCUUUGGAGUGGAGGCGAUGCAGUCUGCGUCAUGAAAACGUGUCCUGAGUUGAAGACAACGGCGCACGGAACGAUGGUUUGCUCGAAACCGCAGCCGACCAUAGACACGGAAUGUUAUUUCACGUGCGACCCGGGAUACCAACUCGUUGGAUCGAAGAAGAGAACGUGUUUACCUGUGGCUAUGUGGGAUGGCAUUCCCGCCUACUGCAAAGCAAUAUCUUGCUCCGCCCUGCCAAAGCUGAAACACGGAUUAGUGAAACCGCAAACGUGCGCCACGGCGAAAUCUAAAUACGGCACCAGAUGUGAAUUCGCUUGUCAAAGUGGUUAUCAGAUCAGCGGCCCUACAAAAACCACCUGCAUAGAUCCAGGUGUCUGGUCGGAAGGACACAAAAGCCCACGUUGCAUUGAUGUUACUCCUCCAAAAAUCAUGUGUCCACGCAAUAUAACAACUAACACAGAUUCCCAUGAAGCAUUUGCCUCUGUGACGUGGGAGCCCCCAUUUGUUAAAGACAAUUCAAAAGGAGAAAUAAGCUUAACAACAGUUCCUGCGACUACGAAACCUAUGAAGCUUAAAAUUGGCAAUCAUACCAUCACUUAUGUUGCUAAGGAUACAAUGGGCAAUACAGCUUCUUGCCAAUUUUCUGUAACUGUAAUUGACAACGAGCCUCCACAGACGGACUGGUGCGACUCUCCGCCAAUCUUCCUGUCCCACGAAGAGCAAGUCGACGUCUACUGGGAAGAACCCAUCUUCUCUGACAACGCAGGUGUUGUUGCUGAGGUAACUCGGUCCAUGGAACCGGGACAGUUUCCUCAAGGAGAUACGCUUGUUGAAUACACGGCCAUUGAUGAAGCAGGAAACGUUGCAUCGUGUAAUAUCACUAUCACAGUUCAGAAACACGCCUGUCAGUUACCUGUGGAUCCAAUCAACGGAGCAGCCAAUUGCACCGAGAGCCCAGAUGCCGUCUUCUGCUCACUCACCUGCGAGGACGGGUACGCCUUCGCCAUGAGACCCCAGCAGGACUACUUCUGCGCCUACGACGGCAUUUGGCUUCCAGACGACAAUCCCAUGCCCUUCCCGGACUGUUCAGUGACCUCGGUUUCCAACACCGUCGCCCAGGCAGGAGAGAUGGCAAUGGAUGACGAUGGAUCCGUCUGUGAUGACAUUUUCUUUCUUGGACAGGUUGAAAACGAGCUUGAAAAGAAAUUAGAAGAAGCACUGAGUGAGAUGUGUGCUGCUGACAUUGUCUGCGAAGUCGCAGCAGUCGAAGCUGUUUGCGAAAGCAUUCUCGCUGACAUUGAGGAAGACUCGAAUUCUGUUGGGUUCUUUAGAAAGCGCAGAUCUGUCACUUCUGAUAGUCUGGAUCUCUAUUGGCCUUCCAGACGCCACGAUGACUCCUGGAAUUACUGGAGGAGGGGAGACGACAUCUCUUCUUUCGUCACUUUAAACAGAAAGAAGAGAGAAUUACAGCCAAGCGUCACAAGGAACAAGAGGCAGUUUGGCUUCUCUCUUGACCACUUCCUUGGGUAUGGGCCCACGACAGAACCACCCAAAAAGGACGGCACCUCAGAAUUUCAGGAGGACUACCUCGGCGUCCUCAUUGACGUUAUUACGAGAUCCUUUGCAUCAGACGUCAGCACCGCGCGCUUUGCCUCCUUCCUGUCUGAUCAGAAGUCGAUUGGCGGCAAAUUCUCCCAUGAAGACUUUUUUGCGGCAUUUGCCAAAGAAUUCGGAGAAGACAAGUCGGAGGCGCUGCGUGAAUUGGCCGCUCGAAAGAUAACUGGAAUGAAAAUCGGUCCCGGGUUGUCUGGAGUACUUCUUGGUCAUAGUAACCAUACCGAAAGGCCUGGAAGGAGCCCUAGUGAAGACUUCCCACUUAUCUUUCCAUCAUCAGACCCUGGUGAAGAAUCUCCUGAUGGGGAGGCCACAGGCAAGAGGGCAUUAAAGGUGCGCUUUACGGUUGAAGGUCAGGGCCCGGAAGUAGCAACGCAACUGCAAGAAGCUGUGACGGGCAUCUUGAGCGCCGCAGACAAGGGAGAGUUCGACAUCUCUUUCGGGGAGCAACAACUUCGAGUAGCUGCCAUCAGGUUGAAGGAGCACCCGGAUUACGUCUGCGAGCCGGGAAGCGUUCCCAGAGGAGAACUGUGUGUGAAGUGUCCUGUUGGAACAUUCUACAACGUGAUCCUACGGGAAUGCCAAGCUUGUCCUCAAGGAUCCUUUCAGCCACAAGAAGGACAAGUAUCCUGCAUUGUCUGUCCCGAAAACACUUCAACGAAGAGUGGAAACGCCAAAAGUGGAAACGACUGCAAAGCCCAGUGUUUGCCAGGGUCCUUCUCCUUGGACGGCCUGGAACCCUGCACCACGUGUGACCUCGGCCAGUACCAAGACGAGUACGCGUCCACUGAUUGCGCCACGUGUCCUCACAACACGACCACCUGGAGGAGAGGAAGCUGGGUUCUGGAAGAAUGCAAAGUUCCAUGCGACAAGGGACACGUGUCAGAGACAGGUUUGCAGCCCUGCUUGCAAUGUCCGAGGGGCUUCUUCCAAAAAGACGAAGGAAAAACUGAAUGUACAAGGUGUCCGGAUGGAGUGACAACUGCAUCACCAGGCUCCACUUCAUUAUUUGACUGCGAAGGUAUAACAGGUCAGGAACAGGCCGCCUAUACAGACCUUCCAACGCUGCCCAUUAACGACUGCUUUAGCGCACCGUGCUUUAAUGGGGCAACUUGUUCGCCCAUGGAGUUUGGUUACUUGUGCCACUGUCGUCCUGGAUAUUCAGGUCAGCAGUGUGAGGAGGAGGUCAACGAGUGUGAGAGUGAGCCCUGCCUCAACAACGGAACCUGCGUUGACCUUCUCGACAGCUUCGCCUGCGAGUGUCCUCACGGGUACGAAGGUGCCCAGUGCGAGACGGACAUCAAUGAAUGUCAGCCCGACCCUUGUCAAAAUGGAGCGACCUGUGUCGACAUGAUCGAUGCCUUCAAAUGCAUGUGUCAGUCAGGAUAUACAGGCGAGAUAUGUGACACAGACAUCGACGAGUGCGCCACGAGCCCCUGCGCCUCGGGCGCGACCUGCGAGGACCUGCUCAACGACAUCUUCUGCCACUGUCCUCCGGGAGACACCGGCAGGUUCUGCGAAACCCACAUCAACGAGUGCGACUCCUCCCCAUGCGACCAUGGCCUUUGUCUCGACGAAGUCAAUGCUUUCAAGUGCGUUUGUGAACCCGGGUACACGGGAGUCACCUGUGAGGUGGACAUAGACGAUUGUGCGUCCCAGCCCUGCCAAAACGGUGGCACUUGCACGGAUUGGGUCAAUGGGUUCUCGUGUACCUGUGCCCCAGGUUUCAGUGACAAACUUUGUCAGACAGAGAUGCCCACUGAUUUCGUGCUCGAUUUCCCCACAUCUGGGAUAUUGAAUUAUGUUACCAGCGAGAACCUUCCACGUGACCUCACAAGUGCAUCAGUUUGUUUCUGGCUUCGUUCUGACGACAGAGAAAAUUACGGGACCCCAUUCAGCUACGCUACAGAUGAAUACGACAAUGCUCUAGCAAUAACGGAUUACACUGGGUUCGUGUUAUACGUCAACGGCGAGAAGCGGAUCACAGAUGUACAAGGAAAUGAUGGCCACUGGCAUAUGCUGUGUGCCACCUGGAAGAGCGCCAAUGGAACCUGGGCUCUCUACUUUGAUGGGAAAUUAGAAGACAGCGGAACAGGACUAGCAGCUGAUACCUUCAUAAAUGGCACAGGGACAGUCAUCCUGGGUCAGGAGCAGGACCAGCGAGGAGGAGGCUACCCACAGGAAAGCUUCAUUGGCGAGCUGACCCGCCUGGACAUUUGGGAUGAAUACCUGUCCCCCGAAUUCGUCUCUGAGACUUUCGUCCAGUGCAACAGAUAUGUUGGAAACAUCAUCGGAUGGCCUGACUUCCAAGCUGGAAUCAAAGGGCAAGUUACGAUUAAAAGCUCCACGUUCUGCAGAGGCUGUGGGAUCCCGUAUGUGCCUGAAAAUGGUGGCAUCCAGGAGAUAAAGACAGACUCGAUUCAGCGCAUCGCUGUCACUUGUGAAGAAGGUUUCAAGCUUUACCGUGGAGAUCCUGAGCGUGUCUGCUUAGUCAAUGGGACCUGGUCGGGACACGAACCUGAGUGCGAACGUGUAUCGUGCGGAUUUCCUGGUUAUCUAGUUAAUGGUAAUAUUGAAGGAACAAGUUAUAGUUAUGGAGAUACCGUUGUGUACACCUGCAAUCCAGGUUUCACUUUGAAGGGCGACACUGGGAGGACUUGCCAAGCCGAUGGUUUCUGGACAAAUGAAGUACCAGUUUGCGAGGUGGUGAGAUGUCCAAAGCUUUUAGCGAGCCCACAUGGGCAAGUAAUGACUCAGCUCACAGACUAUAUGCCUACAAACCAGAUCUCCUUCAAGUGCGAGGAAGGCUAUCAGAUGGAUGGUCCGGAAACACUAACAUGUGGUGGCAAUGGAGAAUGGGAUGGUCAGCCCCCAACUUGUCAGUCUGGAUCUUGCAAAGAAUUGCCAGUCAUUGCUAACGGGUCUAUUGAAGGUAAACCAACUCCUAGUCCAGGGGACCAAGUGAAGGCUAAGUGUGCUACCGGAUACAAACUUGUUGGAGACCCAAUGAUCACUUGUAAGGACGACGGGACAUGGUCUCUGCCUCUUCCUAAAUGUGUUACUCCAGAGUGUCCAAAACCACCGGGAAUUUUUAAUGGGCAAGUGAAGGUGAGGGCAUCUGCCAAGACUAAAGAAGCUGUUUAUAAAUGUGAUGCAGGCUAUGUUCUUGUGGGCCAAAAAAUAUUAACUUGUGGAUCUGACGGCGAAUGGAAUGGUCCAUGGUCAAAAUGUGAGGGUAUGCCUUGCCCUACCCCAGAAAAACCUCAUCAUGCAGUUAUACCUUCAAAAGAAGUUUGGAGAGUUGGAGAUUCUCUCACGUAUGAGUGCGAAGUUGGUUUUAAGUUAGUAGGUCAGAAGAAGUCAAAAUGUGAAUUUGAUGGUCAGGAUAGUCAUUGGGAAGGCGCUGCUCCAGAAUGUCAAGAAAUUAAAUGUCCUGUUCCAAGCAAGCCACAAAAUGGAAUUCUAACAGUCCUCCAUAAACCACAGUCAAAAAAGAACACAUUUAUGUUUCCUAUAGUUGACGGAGAAGCUUCAACAACAAGGCGAAGGAGGAGUCCAGGUGAUGACUUCCCUAGCAUUAUUUUCCCAGGCUUUCCAGGGAUUCAGAGUAAAGAUGAUGAUCCUGAAUGGAUUCCAGAUAACUAUGAUUACUCAGAAUUUAGUCAGUCAACUGGAGAUGUUGAGGAAUUUGGGCAGUCAGCUGGAGCACAUGAUGAAUUAGGCCAGUCACCUGGAUGGUAUGAUGAAUUUGGUCAAUCAACUGGAGGGUUUGAUGAAUUUGGUCAAUCAACUGGAGGGUUUGAUGAAUUUGGUCAAUCAACUGGAGGGUUUGAUGAUUUUGGUCAGUCAACCGGAGGAUUUGAUGAUUUUGGUCAGUCAACCGGAGGAUUUGAUGAAUUUAGUCAAUCAACUGGAGGGUUCGAUGAAUUUGGUCAGUCAACUGGGGGAUUUGAUGGAUUUGAUCAGCCAAUUUCAGGUCCUGAGUACGAAGACUUCUCUGAAGGUGGUGGGCAAGUCGCUUCUAGUUUUGAUGCAGGAGUGGAUAUCAUACAACAAGGAGAUUAUCUGUUGGGUGCAAAGUUAGAAUAUAGUUGUCGUCCUGGUUUUAAACUCCUAGGAGAAAGUCACCUGGAGUGCAAAAAAACAGGUCAGUGGAAUGCCACAGAACCUAGGUGCUAUGAAAUAUUUUGCUUUGAUCUAGAUCCUUUAGAGAAUGGCAAAAUCAUGUAUCACGGCUCUGGCCUGAACAGCAGAGCAGAAUAUAUCUGUGAUGAAGGUUAUGAACUGACUGGUGGUGAUUAUGAACUUGUGUGUCAGUUUGAUAAAACUUGGUUGGGUGAUAUUCCUUUCUGUCAGACGGUUGAUUGUGGAGAUCCACCUGACAUUGUCAAUGGAACAGUAGACUUUUCAUCAACUUCUUUUGGCUCCAUGGCAACAUACGACUGCUUCUUUGGUUUUGUCUUAGAGGGAAGUAUAGAACGGCAUUGCAGUGAAGAUGGAAACUGGAAUGGUAUACCUGCCAAAUGUGAAGCCGUUACCUGCCCAGUCCCACCAAUUGUAGACGAUGGGUAUAUUGUUUUUGAAGGCAGUCUUUAUGUAGACUCUCCCAUAGAAUAUGAAUGUAAAGAAUGCUACCAGCUUAAUGGCACUAGGUUUAGAUAUUGUCAAGUAGAUGGUACAUGGUCAUUAGAGGAACCUGAUUGUAACCUUAUUUACUGUGAUGAGGUACCUGAUAGCAUUCCAAAUGGAAGGGUUAUUGGAGAUGAUAAUGCAUGUGGCUCUUUAAUAGAAUAUGAAUGUAAUCCUGGUUAUGAACUGAAAGGAAAACAAAAGUCAACGUGCCUUGAAACACAGAAAUGGAGUUCUCCACCACCCACAUGUGAGAGAGUUAGCUGUGGAAGUCCUCCAGUACUUAUAAAUGGUAAACAUAUUGGAACAUCAUAUUCUUUCACAGACAAAAUUACAUUUGAAUGUAAUGUAGGAUAUACCCUUCAAGGUUCUAAGGUACAGGUUUGUGAGGCAGAUGGCAAGUGGUCAACCUCUCUUCCAUAUUGUGCUAUUGUUAACUGUACACAGCCAAGUAACCCACCAAAUGGUAAGGUCAUACUACGUGGACUCUCCUUUGGGUCUUCUGCUGGCAUUGUUUGUGACAGAGGUUUUAAACUUGAAGGUGAUGAAGAGAUAAUGUGUGGUCCUGAUGGAAAAUGGGACAGUAACAUUCCUCAAUGUAAGCAAGUUUUUUGUCCUCCAGCUCCAGAUCUCCCGUUUUCCUCAUACAAUGCAACUGGACAGCAAUUCAAAGCGUUUACAGUACUUGCAUAUAAAUGUGAUGAAGGUUAUGUGUCUCAUGCUGAUGUGAUUUUAACUUGCAAUGAUGAAGGCUCUUGGGAAGGUGAAACAAUACUCUGUGAGCCAGUGGACUGUGGAGAUCCUGGUACAUUACCUAAUGGACAAAUCACUGGAGAUUCCUUUACUCUUGGAAGCAAAGUCAUAUUUUCCUGCAUUGAAGGUUAUAAUCUGCUUGGUGAAUCAAUUGCAGAAUGCUUGGCUGAUGGUUCUUGGAGUAACUACGUCACUUCUUGUUUACAGAUAACAUGCCCUGAGCCUCAAAAGAUAGAGUUUGGUAAAAUAACAGCUGGUGAGCCUAACACUGCCUUUGGUGCAUCUGUAUCUUAUGAGUGUAAUGUUGGGUAUAUUUUGGCUGGGAGCAACAAUAUGAUAUGUGGUUCCAAUGGAACUUGGUCUGGAAGUAAUCCGCAAUGCAGGCCUGUCACUUGCCCAGAACCUUUUGAGUCUCUUAAUUCAGUUCGGGAUGGAGAUACCUUUGAAUAUGGCAGGAAAAUUAGUUACACCUGUAAUGAAGGCUACACAAUGGAUGGUGAUUCAGACCUGACGUGUGAAGCAGAUGGAACUUGGUCAGACAAAAUUCCCAUUUGUGAAAUGGUAACAUGUGACGAAAUACCUAACAUACCAAAUGGUAAUUGGAAAGUGCAAUCACUUGGAGAUAUCCCAAUUAAGACCGAACCUGAUCAAACACUGGGUGCUCUCAAGGGAUUAGGUUUUGCCACCCAGUUUGCAAGACUCCAAGAUCUGUUGCAUGUUGAUUCCCAAGAAAGUCUGAUUCAUAAAUAUGGAGAUAUUAUAGAGUUUCAGUGCAAUCCUGGAUACUUUAUGUCUUCUGACAAUGUCAUUGAAUGCACAGAGAAUGGAUGGAAUGCAUCAUUGCCACAAUGUCAUGCAAUUAGCUGCGCAAUUCCUAUCCAGAUUCGAAAUGGGCUAGUUAUUGGCGAUGAUUAUAGCUUAGGAGCAACAAUUACCUACGAGUGCGAUGAAGGUUAUGAACUUGUGGGAGACACUUCUCGAACAUGUCAAGAAAAUAAAGAAUGGACUGGCACUGAACCACUUUGCCGUGUAAUUGAGUGUCCCAAGCCAGCAUUACUCGAUAAUGGACAAGUUAUAACUUUUGGUAUCAAGUAUAGAUCAGUGCUGUCAUACAUCUGUGAUACUGGCUUCACACUUCAAGGGACAUCCACAAGGACUUGUCAGAGUAAUGGAGAAUGGACAGGGGAACAGCCAGCCUGUGUGGAAGUUUUCUGCGAAAUCCCAGACGAAGUUGUUCAUGGCAUUCGGGAUAUCGGCGACCUCAAGGCAGGAGGUACAGUUCGGUACUCUUGUCUAGAAGGUUACCGACUAGUGGGCAGAACUGUCAUCAACUGUGACAGCGAUGGUCAGUGGGAUGGAGACCCUCCCACUUGCUAUCAAAUCGACUGUGGUCCUCCACCUACCAGAGAAAACAUCAUUGUUCACGGAGAAACUACCAUAUACAACUCUAAAGUGACAUAUUCCUGUGAAAAGGGUUAUAAGGCUGCGGGCCAGGACUGGGCCACUUGUCUUCUGUCUGGAAACUGGAGCAAUGGAGCACCAGCCUGCCAUCUGGUGACUUGUCCUGACCCGUCAAUUCCUAUGCACGGAAAACUAGUAGAAGAUCUUAAAGCCAACGAUGUUGAACUUUCUCAAGAUUUGCGCUCACAAAAAGGGGCGAAAAAAGGAAAGAAAACAAAAAGAAAGAAGCUUUCCAGACUCACUGAAGCAGAAGCAGUUGGAAAAGUGUACCAAGUAGAUGACGAGAUAUCAUGGGUCUGCGAUGAAGGAUUCCAACUAGAAGGUGAAGGCAAAGCCAAGUGCCUUCAAUCAGGGGAGUGGUCUGUUGCUUUACCCAAAUGCCGCCGGGUUUCUUGUGGCCCUCCUCAGCUGUCUGAGUACUCUAGAGUGGUAGAAAAUGGCUACCUUUAUGGAGCUACGGCCAACUACUCUUGUCUGGAAGGGUAUAAUAUGCAGGGUUCCAGCAUGCUUUCUUGCGAAGCAAAUGGACAGUGGAGCUCUGACCCUCCAACAUGCGAGCCAGUGCCCUGUGGAACUCCAGCGGCGCUGACGCCACAUUUGUACGUUCGGUUCAUAACAGCAGAACAUAACAAGCCUCACAGCUAUGGCUCAACUGCUUCUUAUUCGUGUGAGGAAGGUUAUGAACUAAAAGGCGGCGAGUACCAAGUAUGUGAGGCUGAUGGCCGCUGGUCUGGAACGCCUCCAGUAUGCGAGGAAUCUCUUUGUACCGAUCCACCAUACAUUCCUUAUGGCAUUUCCAUCUUGGAUGGCACUGGAUACCCCCACGUGGCCACUGUGUCCUGCCUUCCAGGUUACAAUCUCACUGGAGAAGACAGAAUUGAAUGUCGACUCGGAAGAUGGCAGGAGUUUAAUACCACAUGUGAACCAGUCGAGUGCUGCAAACCUGAGGUUCCCCUUUACGGCCAAGUCACAGCCCACCACUUCUAUUUCGGAAGCAUAGCCAAUUACUCCUGCAUCCACGGCUACAUGCUCAAGGGAAAUCGCCAAAUUGAGUGCAUAGAAAACGGCACUUGGCAGGGAGCUGUGCCCGUCUGCCAGCCCGUCGACUGUGGAACGCCAGAGGAUCCUGAAAAUGGUCAAGUAGAAAUAUCCCUGACCGAGUUGGGCUCUGAGGUCCUUUAUUACUGCAAAGUAGGUUAUCAAAUCUACGGAAACGACUCCAGAAUCUGCACUGCUGAUGCCACUUGGAGUGGGGACUCCCCACAGUGCCACCGUGUUGACUGCGGCGAACUUACGCCUCCAGAGAAGGGCUUCGUGAUGGGCGUGGGGACGAAGUUUGGGGACAAAGUGAAGUUUGCUUGCGAGAAGGGCUACGAAAUUGACGGGGAAUGGCAAGCAGAGUGCUUGCCCACAGGAAAUUGGUCGGCUGACUUACCGACUUGCAAACCCGUGUCUUGUGGAGAACCACCAAGCCCCCCGAAUACUCAACAUAUCACUUCAACUGCCGCAGAGAACUUCGUCUUUAAGGAUCAGCUGAGAUACAAAUGCCAAGAGGGUCACAUUGCCAGGGGCGACCUCUCCAUCAAAUGCCUCCACAAUGGUCGCUGGUCAAAGUUCCAGGGACAGUGCUCGAGAAUCUCAUGUGGCAGACCCAAGAUUAAUAUGGAUGGAGGGGUCAUUCUUGGCCGUUCCUUUUAUUACAGGGACCACGUCUAUUACCGCUGUCCUCCAGGAACUUACGCCAACGGCACAACAGUGCUUACCUGCACGGGGGAUGGAUCCUGGUCAGGGUCACCUAAGUGCGUUGGCAAGUGUUCCAGACAGUGCCUCAACGGUGGCAUUUGUGCCAGCAAUACGCUGUGCCUGUGCCCACCAGGAUACACAGGGGAUCGCUGUCAGCAUGCCAAGUGUCCAGCUCCAUGCCUGAACGGAGGCACUUGCGUGGCUCCAUACAAGUGCAGGUGCCUGCCGGGAUAUGGCGGGCAUCGUUGCCAGAACCCUCAAUGCCCCCUUACGUGUCUCAAUGGGGGCAUUUGCACUGGGCCUCGUCGGUGUACUUGUCUGCCCGGGUAUGCUGGUGUAAGAUGCCAGAAAUACGUCUGUGAAAACGGAUGUGGCGACAGAGGACGCUGCAUUGGCCCGAAUGUGUGUCACUGCGACCGCGGUUUCACCGGUCCCAACUGUGACAUAGAGGAGUAUGAUUACCUCUACGAAGGUCGGAAGCGGGAUCCGGACCAGACGGACUACAGCGACUGGGACAUUGUGUCAUAACGUGGCAGUCAAGCUGUCCUUCGGUAAUGAUAGAAUUAUACCAAUUAAUUAACGUAUUUAUAAUUAAUUGCUAAGCAAACCUUUUUUAUAUAUUAUGUAUUCUUCGGCUCGUCUGACAAUUUUGGGUUAAAGAUUUAGAAGAAAAAUGGUGAAGACAAUGCUAAGUGCUUUGAAAUUCUUUCCUCUGAAAUUUAUUUUAUUAUUAUUUCAUUCAGCCUUUUAUUUGAACAACACACAUUAGUAAGGAUUGUUGCAAUGAUAUGGUUAUAAAAAGCGUGCUGUACACAUUAGUAAUUUAUCGUUAUUUUUCACCAGAAGAGACAUUAUACUUGAUUUCGAGCCACAAGCAUUUCUUAUACAUUAUACAUAACACUCAUGAACAAGAAAACUUACCUGAACUUAUACUCUCGUAUGUAAAUAUACCUUAUAGAUCUUUCUCCUUUCUACAGCUGCAUAGGUAUGCCUUGGAUGAGACAGCGUUCAGGCACUGCCAUAACUCACAGUCUUUGUUAUUGACAUUAGGGCAUUCCUGAUCAUUCUUAGCAUUUUAUAUUCGUGAAGUUUAACCAUCGUACUCACAGUGUAGUGAGAACUUUUUUGUGGAAGAAAUAAAUAGGAAUAAUUUCUUA